AUGUUAAAAGCGGGCCCUGUAAACCUGAAACAGCAGGACAAACCCAGGAAGACGGGAGCAGACCGGAGGAACACCCUCCCCAUUCACCAAAGAAGUGAGAUGGAAGAAACUCUGGACAUAGACCUCCGCAAGCAGGAAGCAGAGGAUGGGACCAUGGAUGUCUCUCAUAUUUCUAAAUACAUUCUCAACACGAUGACUUUGCUGUGUUCACCCAUUCGAGAUCAAGCAGUGCAGAACCUAGAGAACAUUACAGACCCUGUUCAAUUACUGAGAGGGAUCUUGCAGGUUCUGGGCUUGAUGGAAAUGGACAUGGUGAACUAUACCAUCCAGAGUCUCCGACCUCACUUGCAGGAAUCCUCCAUCCAGUAUGAAUGGACUAAAUUUCAGGAUCUCCUCAACAAGCAGCCCAGCCUCCUUGAUCACACCAUCAAAUGGCUAACCCAAGCAGUAGCAGACCUCACUAGCACUCCAGCUUCCCCUGACACUCGUGUGACCUGCCCAACUCCCAAUGAGACAGCUAACAACCCAGCGCUCCUCAGCCCCUCCCUCCAUGCAUUCAGGGCUUUCAUCAAUCUUCUCCUGAUAGCCCACUCUGUUUUGAUUCCCCAGACCUUGCUAAUGGACAGAACCUGACUGCAGGAGCUGGGAUCCCAGUUGCUCUACUUAAUCAUCCUGGCCUCAGUCUUGUUAGUGGCCAGUAGUUUCUCUGGCAAUGUUGUAUUUGGUUCCCCUCAGUUUGUGAAUAAACUGAAAUGUGUCACCAAAGCCCUGACAGAGGAGUUUAACUCCAAGCCUGAGGAAGCUAUGCUGACUGUGAGUGAACAGGUAUCUCAAGAAAUCCAGGAAAGCCUUGAAAACAUGGGCCUUGCUGCUCUGGGCAACGACAACACGUCUCUGACAGGCCAGCUCCAGAACAUUGCCAAGAAGGAGAACUGUGUCCGCAGCGUCAUUGGUGAGCAUGCCUGUGGAGCUCUCAGAACACCCUGUGGGCGUGAGGUGGGGCAGUCUCCACUCUUCUUCCCACUGCCAGUCCAGGAUGCCAAUUGGCAGUGGUAG